UAUUAUUAAAUGAUGUGUUUUAGAAAUGGAUUUUUUUAAGUAAAAAUAUUUAGUUUUGAUUGUUAUUGUAAAAUAUUUGUUAGUCCUUUGCGUGUAGACUGCUGAUUACUGUUGUGACUAUGUAGGUCACAACAGAGACAUCUCUCCCUCCCAGAUUAAUUAUUCCACGGACCUGAAAACAGCAGGCUUGCACUGCCAUCCUUUCACCGUCCCUUCAUUCCAAGAUGUAUGGACCACUUACAGUCCUCAUUAACCAGCCCCAGGUUUCCGCCAGCUCUCCUAGGGUUCCAAGUUAUAUCCAGCUUGAUAUCCAUCCUGGCCAACAGAGCUUGAACCCAGUGUCUGUGUGGCCGGCCAGGCUGUGUGGCGGGAUUCCAGUACUGCAAGAGGAUAACCAGGGGUCAGAGGUUAGUCUUACCACUUCCCAAGUCAGAUUCAACCACCGCUUCCCACCUUCUCUCCUUCCCAUGCCAGACAGACACCAACAAGUGCCUCCUGCGGGUCUUAAUGUCCUCGCACUUCGCGGCUCCAUCAAAACCGACUGACAUCUCAGCAGAAAGUUUCUGGCUGUCACUCAAGAUCCGUGAAGAAAGUUGAAAAAGGUUACUGAACUUGGCAACCAUCUUCAAGCAACAUUUCUGCUUCCUCCGAGGAAACGCCCUCGUUGAGAAAAUAAUAAUAAAAAAAGGUGCAUCAGACCAAGAUUGAGAUUUUUAAUUCACGAACAAUCGGUGGACUUCUCCAGUCGAGGAAUGUGGAUUGUAGAUGUUUCCGAGCAUCCGUAAAACACAAUCGACUAGCAGCAAGCAGGUCUGGAGAUAGCAGGAUCCGUUAAGGAGGAGACAAGAGAGGAGAGAAGUGGAAACAGUCGAGCAUCUUCCUGAGGGUUUUAUGUCAGGACACCCGUACUGCGCAUGCGUGGUCGUCAUGGUUGCCGCUGCUGCAGCUGUUGUCAUUGCGUGCGUUUAUGUCGUCACUGCCGAGAAGGAUGAAGAGCUUUUUCCACCUGACUGCCCUAUAGGCAUGUUUCCCUGCAACAAUCCUCGUGUUUGCAUCAAUUCCUCUCUUCUGUGCAACAAAGUGUUUGACUGCGAGGACAAGUCCGACGAGGGCUGCAUCUGUGACACCUUUCAUGAUGACUACAUUCACAGUGUUCUCCAGAAAAGACCGGACGCCGACAGGGAGAAGGAGGAUCCAGCUUGCUCUUUACAAGAUGUUCCAGAAUCGUGUGAAUGCAAGAACAAGACAAACAUUUACUGUCGAAAUACCUUUCAUUUGGUUACACGGAGAUUUCCAGAUGGUGUGACUGUCCUGGACUUGUCAGGCAGCAACCUCCCCAUCAUCAGGAUCAACGACGUUGGAAACCUCCCUCUUCUGGUGGAACUGCUUAUCAUGCACUCUCGCGUCGAGGUCAUCGAAGAUGGCGCCCUUGCUGGAUGCCCCUCGCUGCAAGAACUGCACCUGACGGAGAACCUGCUGACAACGGUUCCUGGCAAAGCUUUUCUGCCAGACAACAAACUGACCUUCUUAAGCCUGAAAAAUAAUUUGAUUACCACGCUGUCCAGCUCGGAUCUGGCUUCGUUCCCUCGGCUCCGAAGGCUAGAUCUUCACGCGAAUCGCAUCUUCCACAUUUCGGAUAAAGCAUUUUCAAUGAUGCCAAACUUAAUAGAAUUGGAUUUGAGUGAAAACAAACUGGUAGAGAUCAAAGCGUCGUUCUUCCAAGAUUUGGACAACCUCCAUACUUUAAUAUUGAACAGAAAUGGAAUCACCACGGUUCAAGCAGGGGCAUUUUCUGCUCUCCGUCGUCUCAUGACUUUGGGUCUUGAUGGCAACUACAUACAUCACAUUCAGAAUGGAAUGUUUUCUGGACUUGGAAACCUGGUCAUUUUGUUACUGGCUAACAAUGGAAUACGUAGAAUUGACGAGGAAGCUUUCAAACCAUUGGUCAACGCAACUUCUGUAGAUUUGGUUGGCAACAGCUUGAGAAAUCUGUCCAACAAAACCUUCAUUCACAUGCGUCAACUGUACUACAUCUACUUCGACAAGUUCUACCAGUGUGUGUAUGCACAACACGCUGUGGAGUGUGAGCCCCGCGGUGACGGCAUCUCCAGCCGGGAGAACCUUCUGGAAAGCCUCAUCCUCCGCGUGUGCGUGUGGCUGGUGGCCAUCUUGUCCUGCGCCGGCAACGUGGUGGUCUUCCUGGGCCGCUUUGUCCUGCGUGAGGACAAUCAGAUCCACUCAUUCUUCAUCAAGAACCUCAGCCUGGCCGACAUGCUGAUGGGCGUCUACCUGUUGGUCAUCGGCGCCAAGGACCUGGAGUUCCGCGGCCAGUACCUCCUGCGCGACGAGGAGUGGCGCAACAGCUGGGAAUGCGAUGUCUGCGGAGUCCUCAGCACCCUGAGCACGGAGAUGUCCGUGCUGACUCUCUUCAUCAUCACCCUCGACCGCUACCUCAGCAUCACCUAUCCACUCUCCUUCCGGAAGCGAGGGCUGAAGGCUGCGUACUGCGUCAUGCUGGGCACGUGGUCUGUGUGCGUGCUGUUGGCCCUACUUCCGGUGCUGGGGUUGAAUUAUUUCGGGACGUCGUUCUACCGGGACAACGGCGUGUGCAUCCCUCUACACCUGCACGAGCCUCGGGCCAAGGGCUGGGAAUACUCGUCCUUCCUGUUCCUGGGAAUCAAUCUGGUAUCCUUCGCCUUUAUCGCCUACGCCUACGCAGCCAUGUUCUGGUCCAUCCACAAGUCAGCCAUCCCUCUACGGACAUCGAGGGAAAGUCGAGAGCGGUGCCUGGUCAAGCGGUUCUUCUUCAUCGUCCUCACAGACUUCCUGUGUUGGAUACCAAUCAUCAUCAUCAAAGUCGUCGCUUUGGCAGGCGUUUCUGUUAGCCGAGAGCUGUAUGCGUGGGUCAUCGUCUUCAUCUUACCUGUCAACUCGGCCUUGAACCCACUUUUGUACACCCUCACGACGAAGCUCUUCAAGCAGAAACUUCUGUCGACCUUCACCUCUGUGGUCUGGCGACCUUCAACAGUCAAGGAUGGUUCAAUGUCGACCAGAACAAGUUUGAGAGUGAACUCGUACCUCCUCAGAAAUCCCAUCAAUGAAGCAGAGUUGGAGCUGUUGCGUCGCCAUGGCUGCUACAAAAACGGAAGUAACAGGGAAAGAGAGACGUCCUUGACCCCUGUGGCCUCCUCCCCUGCCUCGUGUCACUUCCUGUACUCUGGCUGUAGCCCGUCUCACGCAUGCGCAGACAUCAACGGAAGAGGGCCCACGACCAGCGACUACUCUGUGCUCUGAGGAGCACCCCGAUGACUGCUGCAAGACUGAGUGAUGCUUAUUUUUCGGAAAUAAAAUACCUGAGUGCAAAAAUAAGAGUGAUCCACAGUUUUAAGAGUGAUUUGUCUCCUGCUGCAGGCUGCUGGUCAUUCUCGUGAACUAAUUCAACCUGAAGCACGAAGAGUUGUUGAUUGUUGUACGAGGGAGGUUUCUCCACUACGAGGUGUAGAGGGUAACAAUGUGGGAGUGGAAGAAGAAAAAAGACGAAUAAAACUGUGAGUCGAUUCUGGAGGCUUGUGUUUCAUGCGAAGAUCAAUCAGAUUGGAACAUGCCGGUGUCGGGUGUCCUGCAGGCAACUGAUAAAGCCUACAGUCGGGUGGCUAUGUGUGAGGUCAGGCUAAACCCGGUUAUCUCAGGAUUAAGACAGGCCGGUUAAGAAUGUCAGACUAAGAUUGGUCAUCCCAAACUGGGGUAGUACAUCAGUUUGGACUAAGACAGGUAAUCCCAAAGUUGGUCAGACCUGUUCAGACGUACACCCGUCUUCUGACACUGGGGUAGAUAAUCUCAUACUAAUGGAGUUCGGGUAGGACUAAGGCGGUCAGGUCAGAUAGAGACCAAAGCAAUCUCAACAUGUAAUGAUCGAGUUUUAAGCUCUGGUCCAAACAGAACUGAUUGCAAUUUCUUGCCAUACAAUUGGUGAUGACAUGACAAUAUGAUGAUAAUGACUAUGAUGACAAUCAUGAGAAUGUAUACAAAAAAUGUAAGCAUUUACAGUGAUUGUUGUUGUACCUGUGCUGUCUGGAUUGGAAGCUUUCAACGAUAAGUUAUUGUCCGUCUUAACUCUGACAUCUUUGAGGAAAGAGUUAAAAUGAUGAUAAGAAAGUAUGAAGAUUCCUAUGAUCUCCAUGGUGAACUUCAAUGUUAUUUUAUUGUGAUUGUAAAAUUUGACAAUUACAGCAUCUGCUAAAAAUGUUGUUUGUAAACAUUGUGUUGUGCCCAGGUACACAUAAUACAGAUUCUUUUGAUAAUGUUUAUUUAUUCAGAAGAAAGCUAUACAUUAAAAAUACUUUUCUCUGUUUCACUAUAACUUGUAGAAGUUGUAAGACACAUACAAACAGUUUCUUGUUUUUCUCAGAAUAUUCGAGGUUCAAUAAAGAAUGGGUGAGAUUCUUGCUUUGUGUUCUGACUGAAUAUAUUGGAUUUACAAAAAAAUUAAUUAAAAUAAAAUAAAUUUUGGUCAGAAGAGUUACGUUUUAGCAAUGUUAAAUGGAAAGAAAGAAAAAUCAAGGAAAAAUAUAAAUUGAAAGAAAAUAAAAACAAUAACUGAAAGAAAGAGGAAAUGAAAUGAACGUAAGAAAUAUGGAAAAAUAAUAAAGGAAAAAUUUUUAAAAGCUAAUAAACAGACAGAUUUUAAGAAACUGCAUUAACUCAAGUAGAAUGAGAAGAUGUAUAAGUUUGCUCCUAGCACAUUCCAAGUGUCUGGUCAUAUUGAGGAGCACUUCAAGAAGGUGAUGAUUAUCUACACAAGUUUUUC